UUGUGUCACAUAGUGUCCGCUCAUGCCUUGUUUUGUCGGGAAGCUGCUUGACCCGACUUCGUCUUCUUCUUCGCCUUCUUCUUCUUCUUCGUCUUCUUACUUCUUGUCGGGAUUUCUUUGUCUUCAAGCGACAAGUCUAUCGUGAAGAAUGGGCAGAGUCGGAACAGCAGUGCACGUCAAUAAAUUCUACAACGUGGACUUGGGUUUGAAACCACAGCCGCAAGCCAAAGACAACAAAUUCGUCGUCUACGAGGAUGGGACUCAUGCGCAUCGUCUAUACGACGGACGACGUCAGGAUGGAAUGCUGGAACUAUUAAAUGAUAAACUUCAAGUCCUGCGAGAAGCCUCCAAACUCGCCAGAAAGAAGCGCCCAAAUGAUGAUACAGACACGAAAAACGUGCUAGAAGACGGCCUACCUCUUAUUCAGCUUGGGCCUGCCUCAUCUCCGCGACCCCUAUUGAAAUUACCGGCAAUCACAUCUUCGUUCAUUGGUCGAAUACAGCCGUCUGGUCAAGGAGCAGCCGUCUCGCUGAUAGAUCGAUACGGCACGAACAAGGAACAAAUCGGCAGGGGCUCCUCGGGAAUAGUCACCGUCACCUUUCGACCUCACUCUGUCGAUCACCCGUCAGGCGGACAACUGUUUGCAGUUAAAAAGUUCUCUCAGAGGGGGAGGGACUCGGUCAAGAAACACCUGAAGCGGGUCGGGGCAGAGUUUUGCAUCUCGUCAAGUCUUCGUCACCCGAAUAUUAUACAAACCUAUGACUUGGUGCAAGACCCGGAUGGAAACUUUUGUCAAAUCAUGGAAUACUGUUCUGGCGGCGAUGUCUAUACUCGCGUGAGGUCGCAAGGUAGGCUUUGUGCGACGGAGGCGAAUUGCUAUUUCAAACAGCUUCUCCGUGGUCUAAAUUAUCUACAUACGACCGGUGUAGUACACAGAGACAUCAAACCAGAUAAUCUACUGCUUAGCUGUCGUGGAUGUCUGAAGAUUGCCGACUUUGGAAACGCUGAAUGUGUGCGACUUCCCUGGGAGAAAACAACUCGACUAUCCUCUGGACUUUGUGGAUCUUUCCCCUAUAUCAGUCCCGAGCAAUAUGUGACUUUGGACUAUCGUGACACAGGCACUUCGUCAUCGCGGUAUCACUUUGAUGCUCGAGCUGCAGAUGUCUGGUCCGCUGGUGUGGUCUAUCUGGAUAUGAGAAUGGGAAGGCAUGCAUGGCGAUUUGCUGUUGUCGAACAAGAUGAGGAUUUUGAAGAAUUCGUGAGGAGUAUACACCAACUCGGGAGAUGGGAACUGAUAGAAAUGCUGGAGAAGGUUUGUCGUCAAACGAUAUACUCUAUGCUCUCUUUGCAUUGGAAGAAUAGGCCUGAUACAGGCGCAUUGCUCAAGUCUGACUGGGUGCAAAAUAUACAUGUAUGCAAAGCGGCCGAAGGUCAUGACUCUCUAUAGUCCGUCUUUUUAUGACAUGUAUAGACAUAGAAGUAUAUAUUGUGACAGGAUAUCACCUGACUCACGUAGACGCCUGCCUGGGUGCCAUGUUGGGACUAGCCCGUUUUAGCCAAGGUGUUGAUAUCAACCCUCGACCUCACCACUUAGCUAGUGCACACAUGACAUCUUUCUAGAGCCUCAUCAUAUUGUGCUGAAUGUAUUCUAAUCAUCGCCAUAAAUGGGCUGGACGAUGCUCGUGCUUGCAAACAAGCCAUCUGUCUUAUUAUCGCUUAUCUUUAGGGCUAGCGAUAGCGAGAUCAGCCUUGUUCGGUGCUUAUCGGCUCAGCCUCACCCACCCCCGCGAGAUUGCUUGAACUU